AUGACUCAAAAAAGUGUCCAAAGGCGCAAUCAAGUUUCCCUUGAAAAAUGGUCUAAUUUGGAGCUUAUGCUUCAAAAAGAAAUUUUAGAGCGCGGAAAAACAGAGACCAAAUACAAAGAAAGAACCACAAACAUGUCAUAUGCAAAUGUGGCAUCUAGAGCACCCAACCCAAAAGUCCCAACGCAAAUAGUGCAACAGAAAACAAAAAGCGAAUUCAUAUAUAUCAAGCCUGAAUGUGACAAAACAGACAGGAGAUCAAAUGACGAAAUAAAAGACCACGUAAAAACUGGUCUUAAAGAUAUUAAUAAACAAAUAAAAGUCAGAGGCAUACGGCAACUCCGUAAUAAAGGAGUUGUCUUAGAGGUUGAAACCAAGCGAGAUAUAGAAAUAAUUAAAAGAGCAAAUCUGAGUGCGCAAAAAUUAGUCGUGGAAGAGCCGAAAAAGCUACAACCACAAGUAAUUAUGUAUGAUGUAGAAGAAGACUGCCAGGAAGAAAACUUCCUGGAUUGUCUAAUUCUGAAAAACUUCGAACAUUUAGAAGAAGCAGAGGCAGAUCUUCUAAGAAAGGAGUGCAAAGUGGUAACCAAAUUCAAAACAAAAUUUGGUAAAAACAACUGGGUAAUCCAAUUACCCGGAAAGCACGCCAGUAGACUACUCAACGAGGGCAGAGUCUACAUGGACUGGCGUACAUACAGGCUCAGCGAGUAUGUAAAAAUUCCUCGUUGCUAUAAGUGCCAUGCAUAUGGACACAUAGCGAGAGUAUGCAGAAUCGAGAAACCUGUAUGUGAGAAUUGUGGCAGCAGUGAACACACCACAAAUGACUGCUCCAAAGACCAAGACGCAAAAUGCGUAAACUGCGUAAGAAAUAAACGCAAGGAGACAGGCCACAAGGUGACUUGGAAGUUAUGUCCUGAGUACGAGAAACAGCUUCAAAUUUACAAAAAUAAAAUUUCAUGGGAUUAA